AUGGGAGCACAAAUCGUGAAAGCUAACCUUGCUGUAACUAUCUUAUGGAUAUGGUGUUUAAUGACGACUGAAACAAACAACUGUUCAGUACCAAUAGUAACUGAUGAAACAGGAACAAUAAACUAUACCAGCAAAAUUUUCAAUCUCUCAUUAACGAAAGAUCGAACAUUAACAAUACAAAACAAAAGUUGUACAACAGUAUUAAAAUUACCACCACCAUCUGAGGUGGAGAAAAAUAUACGUAAAGGAUAUCGUACAGCCUCCGUUUUAUGUAACAAUAAUUCCCGAUAGAAACAAAAUAAUCUCAAGAAGAAAAACACGCAUUUUUAAUUUCAAAUACUCUGAACUGGAUUCGUAGUUGCAGUUGUAUUAUCACCAUUAUCAGCGGUAAUAGUAGUAUCA